AUGAUUACAUGCGACUGUCAACGCAAGAAGGAAGAGGUCAGGUGCAAUGCGCGGGCGCAUGUGCCCGAGCCUCCGGGUCGCCAAACUUCGCUCAAGUGUGACGAUGAAUGCGCAAGGCUGGAGAGGAAUCGCAAGCUGGCACUGGCCCUUCACAUUCCAGACGAUCACACAGAUGAGCAUGUCCCUUAUUCGACCAACACCCUCAACAUGUAUCUGGAAGAUGUGGCAUGGGCUCACAAGCAGGAGGAAAUCUUGCGGCUCUUUGCGGCCGACGAAAACGAGAAGAGAUACCGCUUUCCACCAAUGAGACAACGACAGCGGGCAUUUAUCCACAGCCUGGCCGAAGACUUUGGUUUUGAUGGCGAAAGUCUGGACCCUGAGCCACAUCGACAUAUUUUAUUGUUCAAAACACCUAAAUUCGUCGCGGCACCCAUGAAGACCCUGGCUCAAACUGCACGAAUCAAGCGAGCUCAGCUGAAUGUGUCUGCCCCAGUCUCGUCUACAUCGGACCGCAAAGCAGAUGAGGUCAAACACGACUACAACGGGCUGUUGUUGACCAAGCCUAGAUUUGCACUGACCGAAGACGAGUUGAGGCCCCUGAUCAAGAAGUCCGCCCCAGCCACAGAGUUCGACAUCAUCUUUUUAUCCCACGACGAGGGUGUGGCGCUUUUACCUACCCAGUCCUCAGACACUCCUGAGCAGUUGGUGACUCUGCUUGCCGGUCUCCAGCCUACCAUUGCCGGGGAGGUGAGCAAACAUGGUCUCGGCGGAUCGGUCGUCCUCUGUCAGUUCGACACUUCAGACCUUGAGCCGAGAAUCCUUCAGCAACAAGGGAGACCGAUUCCAUCACUCACAGAUGGAUGGUCUCAAAUCGCGGCCAAAAGAGCAGCACCGGCUGUAGCCCCUCAGGUCAAGCCGGUCGGUCAACGCCCAGUAUACACUGUACUGGGGAGUCGGCUGGCGGAGGCCAAAAAGAAGAAACAGGAGAACGAGGCUAAGCUGCGGAAGAAAGCCCAACGGCAAGAAGUGGUGGAGGAUUGGGAAAAGGAGAUGGAUCAAGAAGAAAAUGAGGAGGCCGCAAGAAGGACGAGUGAGGAUGGUGUCGAGCCCACCAACGGGGUUGCCGCAUGA